AUGGCUUCCUUCUUGAAGGUUAACGAGAAACCCAUCAACUGGGCUGAGCUUCAACCGGACUUACUCUCUUCGAUUCUGCUCCGGCUUGACGUGGUUGAGAUACUUGAAAACGCUCAGAAAGUUUGCAAACCGUGGAGACGCGUCACUAAAGACCCUUCUAUGUGGCGCAAAAUCGACAUGCAAAACGUUGGAAGCCGAGGAUUUUGUGUUCGCGACCUCGAGAAGAUGUGCAGUAAAGCCGUUGAUCGCAGCAAAGGCGAUUUGGUCGAAAUCAAGAUUGGGGCUUUUGGCACCGUUGAACUCCUCAACUACAUUGCCGACAGAGCAAGCAAUCUGAGAAGCUUUGGACUUGCAAUGUACUAUGGAAUGUCGAAAGAGGGACUUGUGAACGCAGUUGGAAAACUUCCACGGCUUGAAGAGCUCGAGGUCUCAAUUAUGUGGUCAAGACUGGAUUUGAAAGCUAUAGGUCAUUCUUGUUCACGGCUAAAGUCAUUGAAGCUAAACUGCUUGUGUUACUGGGGCUCUUACUGGCGCUCUAACAGUGAUGAUGUUGAUGCCCUAGCAAUUGCCGAGAGCAUGACCGAACUACGCCACCUCCAGCUUCUUUGGAACGGACUUUCAGACAUCGGCUUAUACGCCAAUCUUGACAACUGUCUUAACUUGGAGCACCUUGAUCUACGCCGGUGUUUCAAUAUCCGGGAUCUAGAAAACCGAUAUUCGGAGAAGAUCAAGGUGUUGAGACGCCACCCUAAUUUGGGUAAGCUAAAUCCACAAUUCAGAAUUCAAAUGGAUUCCUUAAGAAAACAACCAGAGAACUAG